AGAAAAAUAAAUCGAAUCGAAUCUGUCGAAACAAUAAUCUCGUAAACGUAAUAAACUGACCUCGUAAAGUAGAUUAGUAAGAGUGUAGACCUUUUUGAGAAAAAUAUACUAAGUUAGUGUUACUAAUAUUCCAGAUCUUUUGUACUAAUCAUUCUUGUUUUUUCCAAAAUCGUGCCACACAAUACUAAAUCCUACUUCAUAGCCAAUUUCAUUAUUGGAAAAUCUGCACGGAUGGGCUUAUAAUAAAAAAAAAUUCAAUACCUAAUUCAUUAUUUAAAAUAUUAUUUGUAUCUACUGCCUAUAUAUAUACUGGGAAACUGACUUCAAUAGCUGUUUAACUUCAUUUUUCAUUAAUGUAAACAUACAUAUGAGUAAAAGAAAACUUUACACAAAAGAAAUGGUUGCUAAAAGUAAAAACAAAGUUUUAGCAUGUUCCACUCCUGAACACCAUUUGGAUACAUCAUUAAGAGACAGUGAUUCCGUAUGUGACUCAGAUGCAUCUAGCCCUGUUCCAUUUCUUUGUACUCAAGAUGGUACUGACGGAGAAACAGAUGUUGUUUGGAAUUUUUACACUCCUAAAGCUGAAACACGGCAUGAAAAAACCACACCAGUGAGUAGAAGAACAAAGAAAUCUGUUAGAGUUAAACUAAUAGAGAAGGCAGUACCCAAACGUAGAACUGUUAAAGACUCCCAGAAAAACACUGAAUUAUUCCAAGAACUUAUUGAGUUAAAUCAAAAUCUUCAUGAGAUUAUAAAGAAAAAAUCUAAUUCGAGUAAUGCUACUCCUAAUCCACAAUCCGGGAGUGAAGAAGACAUUUUCAAUGAGUUUGAUUGCUCACCCAAAGCUUACAAAUCUAAUAAUCAUUGUCUUCGAAAAAAUGUUUUGAGUUCAAAAUUUGUGAAACAAGAUAGCGAAAAUGGUAUUGAAUCAGAUGAUUCAAUGAAUGAAUGUCUGUUGAAGGCAAGCCAGGUGGUAGAAGAACAGAUAGUUAAAUAUGAUCACACAGUACCAAAAAGGCCCUGCCUUGAAAAUUUGCCUACUAAGAACAUGAAAUCUUUAAAAAGGAUAGAUCAAGAUUCAAUGGACAGUAUCCUCAGCAAUAUUAGAUUAGAAUCCCCUCUGUUACGCAAAAGAAACAAGCAUGAAUCACCAAAAUUAAACAAUGACUCAUUUGACAACUUAUCGGGAUGUUUAAAUGAUAGUGCUUUAGAAAAAUUAACUCAAAUACCUUUGCUUGAUGAUUCAAAAAAGAAAACUAAUAAGAAAGAUUCAAACUGGGUAUUACAAGAAUUUAUUGUACAUGGAGAUAGCCCAAAAUCAAUUUUUGGAAGACACAGCUCCAUGCCUGAAUCGCCGACUAUAAAAGAUACAAAUAAACCUUCGACAAGUGGCAUGGCAUUUGGAAGAUAUAAUUCUAUGCCCUUCAAUAAGAGUGAUGAAAAGAUUUCAGUUACAGUUGAUUCAUCCAUCACCUGCACUCCAGAUGAGAUAAAAAAGAAGCAUCAGCAAGCAAGGGAAAAGUUAUUAGCCAAGAGACUUCUACCAUUUACUGCAUCACAAUGUCCUGAGGCCAAUGAAACUCAACAGAAAAGGAUUACCAAGAAAAAUACCUUUCAGCCGAAAAUUGCCAGUUCAAAUGUAAAAAGAAGCAAUCAUUUAGAUAAUUUACCUAUGAAUAUAGAUGUGAAUUCACAGAAAUUAAUUAACAAUCAAAAAACUGAUACAGAAGAUAUUAAAUCAUUAAUAGAAAAGAAGAGAAGAGAUGCUUUGUUGAAAUUAAGAAAGAGGAACCCUCAAGUGAAAAGUUAAAAGGAACUGUGUAUUUUUUUUCUAUUUAUUUAUUAAUAAAAAAAAAUUACAUGCAGGUUUCAAAGCAAUAAAAACCACUGAGGUUUGUACAAUUGCUAAAUUUAGUCUACACCAACAGAGUUAAUUUAACAAAAGAAAAAUAGUUCACAAUCGUUAGAAACUUAGCUAUACAGAUAAUACUUAUAAUUUAACAAAUAAAAGUAAAAGUACUUGAUACAAAUAAUUGUUAAGCAUGAUAAGUUGAUCGGUGGUCAGUCAAGUCUUAAAAAGUAUUUUUUUUUAUUUAGAAUCUUGUGUUUUAUCAACCAGUGAUUGUUGUGAGUUUUAAGUGAUUAACAUUAAAGAUACAUAAAUAUUUC